CAUCACACUGCACAGAUAAACACAGCUCGGUUUGGGGAAACAUUGAAUGUUUUUGAUAUAAUUGCUGUAUUGAAUCUAGUCAGGUUAUAAUUUCUAUCACACGAUGAACAUUCUUCCUAAGAAAAGAUGGCACGUUCGAACAAAAGACAAUAUUGCGCGUGUCAGAAAUGAUGAAGCCAAAGCUGCUGAGAAUGAAAAGGAACGCCUACGCAAGAUAUCUCUUGCUGAGCAAGAGGCUCGUAUCAAAGUACUUCGCGAAAAAGCUCGAAACAAGCCUUAUAAUGGUCAAAUAGUGUUUACGGAAGUGAAAAAUGCAACGACUCGCGAGGCACAUGUAAAUCUUUUUUUAGGUCUCGAGGACGGAACGCAUCAUGCAGUUAGACGAAGCAACGUGGAUCACGAAAAAGAAAAAAAGGAGGAAAAAGAAUCUUACGAGAAGCAAAUAGGAUAUCUAACUUACCUAGGACAAGACACAAAUGAAUCGCUAGGCAAACAAAGCUGGUAUGAUAUGAUACCAAAAGGAAACCAUUCUCCCGAUACUCAAAGAAAAUCUGUUGAAAUAGAUUUGAAGCUCAAACAUUAUCAAGAUCCCUAUAAUACUUUUAAGAACUUCAGCUCUUGUAAAACAUCGUCUGACUCCAUCAGUUCGGACACAAAGAUAAGGAAUGCUGAAACACAAGCUAAUAUUCCAAGUUCAUCGCGACGUAAACCCCAACGAAAAACCCAAACCCAUGGUUUUAACUACUCCAAAAAGACGCAUCAUGAUACCGUGGAAAAAAUCAAACGUCACAAAAGCAAAAUCCAGGAUGCGUACGAUAAGAAGUUUAAAACUCGCGAGAAUGGUAAGGCGGCUAAUUUAGAACGAAUGCGCGAGGAACGUAUUGCAAGAGAAAGACAGGAAAAAAUAAGAGCUGAACAAAUAUUUGUUCAUAUCCAUCGCAAACAGAUAUCGUUAUCUUCAAACACUUCACCAACAAACCAAGUUUCGCGUCAAAAGUAUAACUCUCAGUUCCACCCGGAAAUUGCUAAACAAAACUAUGAAUAAACAGUUAAGAUGA